AUGGAGCGACCUUUCUCUACCGUCAACGCACACGGACCUAUCGAGCCGCCUCCUCACCCUCCUCUACCACCAUCAGGGGGGCUUCGUUCCCUGCUGCCGCCGCCACCACCGCCACCACCCGGUCCUGGUCCUCCUGGUCCGCCAGCAGACCCCGUGUUCACGUACGAGCAGUUGUACGUCCUGUCUGGCGCCGAGCUGGCGAGAUUUCUCAAUGGCCUAUCCCAGGCCCGCUUGGAGUUCUGGCUGGACCACCACGGACGGUGA